AUGUUCAGAUUGGAAUACGAAGGAAGUGAAGAAGGGAUACAAAAUGUGAACUGGAUGUUGAAGGAGAAUCUCACCCAAAUAGUUUGGAAAACAAGAAUUCAUUCUGGUAAACACUACCAGCCAGGUUCUGUCAACUUCUAUUACCAAAACAAGUAUUCCCAACUUUCUGAAAUUUGUUGCGGAAUGAAACUUUCCAAGCCUGAUCUAAACCCAGAGGCAAAUUGUGCUGCUGUGCAAGAUUUCGACACACCUGAGAAGAUCAGAGGGACGAUCCCGGUUAUUCUCCUUGCCUGUGGCUCCUUUAACCCUAUCACAAAUUCGCAUCUGCACAUGUUUGAGGUGGCUAGAGAUCAUCUUCAUCAAACAGGAAGAUACAAGGUGAUCGAAGGCAUACUUUCCCCGGUGAAUGAUGGUUAUGGAAAGAAAGAUCUGGCAGCAGCAAGACACCGAAUAGCCAUGGCCCGGCUGGCUUUACAAACAUCUGACUGGAUUCGAGUGGAUACGUGGGAGAGUGAACAGGAGACUUGGACCGAGACUGUGAAGGUGUUGAGGUACCAUCGCAAUGAAUUACUCAGAUCAGCACUGGAGCUUGGGCCUGAGAGUCAGAAGGGCCUGAAUUCUAAUCCCAGCUCUGCCACUUUUGUACCUGAGCUAAAGUUUCUAUGUGGAGCAGAUCUACUGAAGACAUUUCUGACCCCUAAUGUUUGGAAAAGUGAAGAUAUUCAAGAAAUAGUGGAAAAGUUUGGCAUGGUGUGCGUCAACCGGCCAGGUUGCGAUCCCCUUCAGUACAUCUCUGAAUCAGCUCUUUUAACUAGGUAUAAGCAUAAUAUCCACCUGGUCGAAGAAUGGAAGCAAAGUGAAGUUAGCGCCACGCAAAUACGACAGGCUAUACGUCAGAGAAAAAGUGUGAAAUAUCUGGUUCCAGACUCAGUUAUUGCCUACAUUAAGGAGCAUAAUGUCUACCCAGAAGAGUAAAUGGAGAAAGAAAAGGAAAUGCAUUACACACGCUUUUAAAAGCACAAUAUGGUGAUAAAUUCGGUUGAUGGUUUGUGAUCAUCCUUUAUUGUCCUUUGCCUCUCCCAGAUAGGGGUUAAGAACUUCGGUUUUUGCAGAGGUUUCUCUUUCAUUGUAGUGGAAGAUGGAUUGAAAUCUUUAUAGGAAGAAGUAGUGAAAUAUCUGAGCUCUUUGGAAACUCAUUUAUCAAGGACUUUUUUAAGGCCCUCUUAUUUUGCACAUAUGUGCCCUAAAAGGUUACCUCCUGUAGUGUUCUUUGUGGGUGUUUAAUGGGUGUUCACACGUUUAAUACAUUUUGUAAGGAUGAAAUGCAACUUGAUUUUUUUAUCAAUAUUUUUACAAAUAUAGCUCUGAAGAGUAUAAAUAGUAUGUUUUCCAUUUGUUAUAUUUGGCAGGAUAGGAAUUACCUCAACAGAGAAUUAAAUUAUAAAAAUAUUUUAAAAUCUACUAGAAGAAUAGAUUUGAAAUUCAGAAGAGAAUUUGCGCUCAGCACUUACUGCAAUAUACUAAAUAUGCCACCAGGAAUUAUUUCCACUGUAGUAAUCACUCUCCUAUAUGCCCAUUCAGUCAAUAAAAUAAUUGAUAUUUUCUAAGCA